CGGAUCCUUCAAUUAAAACAUUAAACACCAAACACCCUACACUCUUUUCCUUAUCUUCAAUCACAUGGAACUUCACACCCGCCAUUAUCUUCCUUCCAAUCAUAUAUAACUCCACCAAUAGAAGCUAAUUUUGCCACAAACAAUGGAGUCGUUUGUAAAAGUUACUGUCAUUUGGAUGUUAGCUUUGUUCAUCUUGGAAAUGACAGAAGGGGAAAAGUUAGGUAGUUUACCACGUUGUAGUUGGGCUGGAAUCUACAACUUCGGCGACUCUAAUUCCGACACCGGCGGGAUCUCUGCAGCAUUUAUUCCGGUUACAUCACCCUACGGUAUGACUUUUUUCAAGAAGCCCGUCGGAAGGCUCACUGAUGGCCGCCUUCUUCUUGACUUCCUAGUUGAGUACAUCGGGCUACCUUACGUGAGUGCAUACUUGGACACGAUCAACACAGACUAUCGGCACGGCGCCAAUUUUGCAACAGGAGGAUCAACAAUUCGCAGGCAGAACGAGAGCAUAUACCAGGGUGGCAUCAGCCCGUUCUCUCUCGAUAUCCAGACCAUUCAGUUCACUCAAUUCAAAGCCCGAAUCAUUGAUCUAUGGAGUUCGCGUCAUCCAGCUGCAGAUAUAAGCCAGCUCCAGAGGCCUGAUGACUUCUCUAAGGCCCUGUUUACAUUGGAUAUGGGCCAAAAUGAUCUUUCUGCUGGGUUUCGAACACUUGGCGAACAGCAAUUACGUGCACAACUUCCUGACAUUAUCAAUGAUUUCGCCAUUUCCGUUCAGCAAUUGUAUGGACAAGGGGCGAGGUCAUUUUGGAUUCAUAACACGGGACCAGUCGGUUGCUUACCCGUGACAACAUUUAAUGUAAAGAACCCGAAACCUGGUUAUCUUGAUCAAUAUGGGUGCAUAAGGUACCAGAACGAUAUAGCCAUGGAGUUCAACAAGCAGCUCAAGGCUCGGGUUAUCAAGCUUCGUUCAGAACUAGCCGAUGCUGCCAUAACAUAUGUUGAUAUCUACACGGCCAAGUACAAGCUUAUCAGCAACACCAAAAAAUAUGGAUUCAAAGAUCACCUGAAAGUAUGUUGUGGGCACCACGAAAAUGACGUUCAUAUCUUUUGCGGGAAAACAGGAAUUGUGAACGGGACUAAGGUUUUCGGCGGUGCCUGUGCAAAUCCCGAGACAUAUGUGAGCUGGGAUGCUGUUCACAUGACCGAAGCUGCGAAUCGAUGGGUGGCUAACCAUGUACUAAAUGGGUCAUUAUCCGACCCACCGAUCCCAGCAACCCAUGCUUGUUAUAACCACUUGUAAAUGUUGUAAUUCUGUUAAUGUACUCUUUUUAGAGCCAUGGUAUCUAAUCUUAAUGAUCCAAGUAUUUACAUCCACACCCUUGAACUUUUA